CCCCGCUACGGCUGCUCGCGAGAGGGCUGGCCGCCAUGGCGGAGCCGCUUAAGUCUGUGGACUACGAAGUGUUCGGGACAGUGCAAGGUACGGCCUGAACCUGGGAGGCCAGGACGAGGCCAUGGGAGAGAGAGGAGGUGUUUGCUUCAGAAUGUAUACAGAAGGAGAAGCUAAGAAAAGAGGUCUGGUUGGCUGGGUGAAGAAUACAAGCAAAGGCACAGUGACAGGUCAAGUUCAAGGCCCUGAAGAAAAGGUCAAUUCCAUGUACUUUUUCAGGAAUACAGAGGCUGCAUUUACUGCUCCAUUGCUGCCUCCAUUUCUUCCUGAGGCACUCAGAGCUAUGAGUUUUCCUCUUAGCACAGCUUUCAUUGUUUCCCCUAAGUACGGGUAUGUUUUACCUUCAUUUUCAUUAAAUUCUAAGAAGUGUUUAAUUUCUUUCUUUCUUUCUUCCUUGACCAAGCUAUCAUUGAGUAGAUCUGUUUCCAUGAUCUGUCCAGUGAUGAGAGUGCGGUGUUGAAAUCUCCUACUAGGAGGUGUGAGGUGCAAUGUGUGUUUUCAGCUUUAGUAAGGUUUCUUUCAUGAAUGUAGGUGCUCUUGUAUUUGGAGCAUAGAUACUUAGGAUUGAGAGUUCAUCUUGGUGGAUUUCUCCUUUGAUAAAUAUGAAGUGUCAUUCCUUAUCUUUUUUGAUGACUUUUGGUUGAAAGUCGAUUUUAUUUGAUAUUAGAAUGGCUACUCCAGCUUGCUUCUUCAGACCAUUUGAUUGAAAAGUGGUUUUCUAGCCUUUUACUCUGAGGUCGUGUCUGUCUUUGUCUCUGAGGUGUGUUUCCUGUAGGCAGCAGAAUGCAGGGUCCUCUUUAUGUAUCCAGUCUAUUAAUCUGUGCCUUUUUAUUGGGGAGUUGAGUCCAUUGAUGUUGAGAGAUAUUAAGGAAUAGUGAUUGUUCCUGUUAUUUUUGUAUUUGGAGGUAGGAUUAUGUUUGUGUGCUUCUCUUCUUUUGGUUUUAUUACAAAAAAAUUACUUUCUUGUUUUUUCUAGGGUGUACCUUGCCUCCUUGUGUUGGGCUUUGCCAUUUAUUAUCCUUUGUAGGGCUGAAUUUGUAGAAGGAUAUUGUGUAAAUUUGGUUUUGUCAUGGAAUAUCUUGGUUUCUCCCUCAAUGUUAAUUGAUAGUUUUGCUGAAUACAGUAACCUGGGCUGGCAUUUGUGUUCUCUUAGGGUCUGUAUGACAUCUGUCCAGGAUCUUCUGGCUUUCAUAGUUUCUGGCGAGAAGUCUGGUGUGAUUCUGAUAGGUCUCCCUUUAUAUGUUACUUGACCUUUUUCCCUCACUGCUUUUAAUAUUCUUUCUUCGUUUUGUGCAUUUGGUAUUUUGACUAUUAUGUGACGGGAGUAGUUUCUUUCCUGCUCCAAUCUACUUGGAGUUCUGCAGGGUUGUUUUAUGUUUAUGGGCAUUUCUUUCUUUAGGUUAGGGAAGUUUUCUUCUAUGAUUUUGUUGAAGAUAUUUACUGGCCCUUUAAGUUGGGAGUCUUCACUCUCUUCUAUCCCUAUUAUCCUUAUGUUUGACCUUCUCAUUUUUUUCUGGAUUUCCUGUAUGUUUUGGGCUAGGAGCUUUUUCCACUUUACAUUAUCUUUAACAGCUGUGUCGAUGUUUUCUAUGAUAUCUUCUGCCCCUGAGAUUCUCUUCAAUCUCUUAUGUUCUUGUUGGUGAUGCUUGCAUCUAUGACUCCUGAUCUCUUCCCUAGGUUUUCUAUCUCCAGGGUUGUCUCUCUUUGUGCUUUCUUUAUUGUUUCUAUUUCCAUUUUUAACUCCUAGAUGGUUUUGUUCAUUUCCUUCUCCUAUUGGAAGUUUUUUCCAGUAGUUCUUUAAGGAUUUUUGUGUUUCCUCUUUAAGGGUUUCUAGUUGUUAACUUGUGUUGUCUUGUAUUUCCUUAAGGGUGUUAUUUAUGACCUUUCUUGAAGUCCUCCAUCAUUAUGAUAAAAUGUGAUUUUAAAUCUAGAUCUUGAUUUUCUGGUGUGUUUGGAUAUCCAGUGUUUACUUUGUUGGGAGAAUUGUGCUCUGAUGAUGCCAACUAGUCUUGGUUUCUUUUGCUUGGAUUCCUGUGCUUGCUUCUCGCCAUCAGGUUGUGUCUGGUGUUAGCUUGUCUUGCUGUUUCUGAUGGUGGCUUGACCCUCCUGUGGGCCUGUGUGUCAGAACUCCUGGAGACCUGUUUUCCUGUUUUCUUUCAGCCAGUUAAGGGAACAGAGUGUUCUGCUCUCAGGCGUGUAGUCACUCCUGGCAGCUGGCUUUCAGCUCUCUGUGUGGGCAGGAACUAGAAGGGUCCUGCCCCUACUUCUCCUAGGUCCCUGUGCACAGGGGUCACAGAUGGCACAAGGCGUUUUCCUCUUGAGUCGGGAAUGUGGGCAGAGAGUAAUCUCCUCUGGUUUCACAGGACUGUCUGCACCUCUGAUGAUCUAGCUCUGCCCCCCACUUUGGGAUUUGGGUACAGGGAGCUGUUUGAGUGGUUCAUUUCAGAUCCAGGCGCAGAUCUGGACCUCGGGGCUCCUGCAGCUGACUGCUCCUAUAUUUCUGUGUUAAGAGGCACUAUGCAGUUUCCUCUUGGGCCAGGGAUGUGGACAAUGGUGGGCAGAAUUGACAGUCUGUCCUGCCCUGCAGUCUCAGGAUUGCCUGCUCUUCUGGGUCUUCAGGUUUCUCUUCCCCGGGAUUUGGGAGCAGGGAGCUGUGGGUUGGGAUCAGAGAGGUUUGGGCCACAGCUAGAAACCAGAAAUGCCUGGUCCCAGAGGACUUCUGCCUUUGUGUGUCUUGAGUCCACCAAUAGCCUUGGUUUUUGCUGCUUAUGUUCUUGUGCUUGCCUCUUGCCAUCUGGUUAUCUCUAGUGCUACCUGUCCUUGCUGUUUCUGACUAGAGCCUGUUCCUCCUGUUAUCCUGGUUAUGUCAGAAUUCUUCACAGUCCUGCUGUCUCUGUGAUCCUGUGAUUCUGAGAUCCUGUGAUCCUGAGAUCCUGGGCAUAUCAGAGUUUCUGGGAGUCAAGUUGCCUCUCUGAUCCUGAAAUCCUGGUGUGACUAAACUUCUGAGAUCCUGUUGUGUCAGAGCUCCUGGGAGUCAAGCUUUCUCAGAGUAUUGCAGGAGUAGGUGGGGAGCUAGAGCCCUGGAUUUGCUCAGGGCACAAGUGCAAUUGGAAAGAACGCAUGCCUCUGGCUGGGCAGGGAUUUGAGUUUCCUUGGUUCCUGUUAGGGUCCCAGUUAUUCUGGGUGUUCGGAAAGAUGUUGUGGCCUCAAUCAUGAUCUUGAGUGUGUCAGAGCUCCAGUACUCCUGGUUGUGUCAGAUCUCCUAGGAGUCGAGCUUCCUCUGUGAUUCUGUGAUCCUAGGUGGUUCAGAGAACCUGGGAGUUGAGCUCACUCUGGUUGUUGUAAGAGUGGAUGCAGAGCCCGCACCCCACAUCUGCUCUGGAUUCGGGUGCAGACCAGAAUGAACCAGUGCCACUGGCUGGGUAAGGGUUUCUGCAUCCCUGGAUUCCGGGAAUCCCAUUUACUCCAGGUGUUGGGGCAGUUGUUAUUGCCUCCUUACUUGUGAUCCUGGGUGUAUUAGAGCACCUGGGAGUCAGGCUUCCUCUGGGCAUUGUGGGACUAGGUGUGGAGCCAGUGUCCAAGGUUUUCUCAGAGCACUGGUUCAGACCAGAAGGAGAGAGCAGGGUUUUUUUAAAUUAUAAAUAAUAUUUAAUAUCUAUAAAAUAUAUACUAUAAAUUAUAAAAUACAAUGAGAAACUAUGACCCAUAAUUCAAUUUAUAUAUUAAAAAUAGAAUUAGGUUUUUGCCUCCUUUUGUCUGUUAUAUUCUGAAGUCUAUUAUUUGUCAUCAUAGUCACAUUGGCCAGAUGUCAUGGAUCACAGUAUAGUUCUGGUUGCUGAAUGUGCUGUUCACCAAUUUAAGUACAGCUUCUUACUCUAUUUGCUCAUAAAUACCAGCUUCCAUGAGAAUAAGCAUUACAAACAAAGUUAACCAUGGAAUGCCCCGCCCUCUUUUAAAAUUAGUGAUUCUUAAAACUUUGAACUGGAAAUUUUAAUAAUAGAGUAAGUGGAUCUAAGCUUUUUUGGAAAUUGUACUUGUCAGUUCUAUUUUUGGUUUCUUAGGAAACAAGUUAAAAACAGCCUUUUAGUACUUCAUGCAUUCCUAAUUACACUUCUUUCUCCUCUUUUGAAAGGCUUGUUUUCAUUUUUAAAAGUUGCAGAUUUUUUUCUUUAUACUAAUUGGGAUAUUGGUUUUAAAAAUUCAUAUUCCCUCCAAGCGUGGCCAUUAAAAUCUAUAUAUAAAUGUUUUCAAAGAGCUUACACACAGAAGUCAGGUGCUCUAGGCAAAGCUCUUAUCAUUGAAGUUAUUUAGUAUGAUCAUGAGCAUUCUGGUACACUUUUAGCAACUGAAGUGACACACUGCAUUGAGAUUCCUUCUCCUCAAAUCAUUGGCCACACUAAUUGAUAUUGCAUGACGGAGCAUGUAACCCCUUUCAGGGAAUGGGUGUGGAGACAAAUCCGUUAGCUUAGCUUCCAUACCCAGAGAAGGAACAGCCUUUAAGUGAAAAGGGGUGAGGAGUAGAGUCCGAAUUUCAUUAAUCUCUUAUUGCCUAUACUAUAAGUUUGUAGCUCCUGGGUCUUGCAUGUUGGCAGUUUUAUGUCUUAUCCUAAUGGAUUUCCAUACAGUUACAUGUUUUCUGAGGUACUUUAGUAAUGAAAGUUGGGGGCUAGAGAAAUGGCUAAGUUGGUUAAGUGCUUACCAUACAAGCCUGAAGACUGAGAUUGUAUACCCAGGAUUCUCAUUAAAAAACUGGAUGCUGUCAGACACACCUGCAAACCCAGUACUGGGAGACAGAGAGAGGAGGAUCCCUGGGCUUGAUGGUCACUCAGUGUAGAGGAAUCAGAAGGCUCAAGGUUCAGCAAGAGAUCCCGUCUCAAAACAAAAAUGAAAUGUGACCAAAGAAGACCAAGUGAUCUUUGACCUUCUCAUGUACACACAUAUAGAGAUAGAGAUAGAGAUAGAGAUAGAGAUAGAUAGAUAGAUAGAUAGAUAGAUAGAUAGAUAGAUAGAUAGAUUGAUUGAUAGAUAGAUGAACAUAUACAUGCCCACACAAAGAGAUGAAAACUUGGGAAAGAUUUGUUAUGUGAUUAUUGUUUCUGUGGAGUAUGAACCAAGGUAAAUCUCUCUAAGCUUUCUUUCCUUCUGAUGUUUUAGCCAAGCAGUUAUUAAUGGCUCUUCAAUUGCUAUCAUCAGUUUUCAAAGCCAAUUCUGAUUGACCAUAGUAAUCUGUGGGUUUUAAAGCGUGUAAACAUGUACUCUUCUGCCUUCCCUGUCUUGUGCUGCAACACUCCAUGUUUGGGGAGUCCUCUUUGAGACUUCACCAGGAACAUUUUCACCCGUCUUCACUCAGAUGUCUCUCAUUCAGGUCUUAGUUCAGACUUGUUCUUCUCUAGAAAGAACCUUACUAGUGUCCCUGCCUACCUUAUUUUCACUACAAGCAGUUAUUGCCAUUGAUUCUUUUGUGCUGUAGUAACAUAAAAUACCCAUGGUGGGUGCUGAGGCAGGAGUGAUGGGCAGGUGGGGGAGCACCCUCAUGGAGGCAGGGGAUAGAGGGGAAACUGGGAAGGGGGAUAACAUUUGAAAUGUAAAUAAAUAAAAUAACCAAUAAAAAAUGAAAACAAUACCUAUGGUGGAGUCAUCUGUAAAGUACUAAGUGUAUUUUCUUCCAUUCAGGAUGCUAUGAAGUGCAAGAGCAGGUUCUGACAAACUCUGGUGGGCUUGAUCUUAGCUUCCAAUAUGGUGCCUUGUUGCUGUGUCUUCUGGAGGAUGGGAUCACUGUGUUCUCACAGGAUAGAAGGUGUAGAGGGUGGAGCUGAUAAUUAAAUUCUGGUUCCCUAAUUGUUUCUUGAUUAUGUCAAAAAGAUGGCAGAAGCUAAUAGCUGGGUGAAGAGGAAAAGGUGAGAUUUCUGGGUCCCAGGAGGAAGAGGAGGGGAGGAAAGAGAGGAAAAUUUGGAUACGCUGUGGAGCAGAUAGGAAACAGCGGACUUGUAGGUCUCUUGGGGCACCUACAGUAUGUAGCUUCCACCACCAACAGAGACAAAGAAGGAUGGAAAAGACUACUGUUAGAUUAGAAUAGGAAAUUCUUCACCCAGCCAUUGAGUUAUCUUGUCAGUUUUAAAAUAAAAGUCUCUAGUGUUCUCCUUCCUUGGGGCUAAAGGAGACAGGACAAGAGAGUGGGCAGCCAACGUAGUUAGCCAGUAGCAUACAAAUAGCAGCUCACAGUGUUUUCAGUAAAGGUGGUUGCCAGAGGAAUGGGCGGUGUUCUUGGGAAAUGCCAGCUGGCAGCUGGCUGGGCUAAGUGAGAUGGUGGCAUGGUGACAUGGUGGCAGCAUCUGGGAGCUUGGGGAGAGCUCCCAAAUUACAUGGAACAAGAAGGUAAAAGCCAAGUUCAUUAAUGCUGCACACAGUCUCUUCUACAUUGUAGGGGAGGAGUCUAAUUGCUUCUCAAAGUUUCCAAACUAUUGAAUGUCAGUCAUCUUCUUAGCCUAUAAAUUCUAAUACCUAAAUUUUGGAGGAGGAAAAUUCAAGCCGUAGCAUUCUUCUUGUGUGUAAAACUCACCAAAACCAGAGCAGACACUGCAGGAGCAAGAUUGUGUGGCCAGAACCUCUUUAAACAUAACUGAAACCUCUGGCAGUGCAAGACUAGAAAGAGAGGUAUUUGUUUCUAAAGCCUUCCUUUCCAGGCUGUAACUCAAGAGUGGCAUCAUACUACCAAAUUCAUGGCACCUGCCAUGAGGUCCUCUGCCACAGUAUUAGAAUAUUUCUUUGAGCAGUUAGUUGUCCCUGAUCUUUCAGGCCCAGGAGUAAGUCUCCAUUGUUGCAAGCUGUGGGAUGCUUCAUCUUACCUUCCUUUAUCCCUGCUCAUAGUUCUGCAAUGCGCCAUCUAUCCCUGACAGAAUGUUCUGAUGUGAAGAUUGGUACAGAAGGCAGCCCCCAUUUUGUACACAUCCUCUGAGAUACAAUUUUAUAUGACCAUGAAUCAGGAUGGUUUUAAACACUCAAUCUUCCUGCUUCAACCUCCUAAAUUCUGACAUUAUUAGUCGGCCCCACCACAUUUGGUCACACACACACACACACACACACACACACACACACACACACACACACACACGUUUCCUAUGUAACCCAGGCUGACUUAAAACUUGCUAUAUAACCACACAGGUCUUGGGCUUGGACUCUUAAGGAAUAUGCUACCAAGUUUGACUUGUAUAUAUAAUUUUUGUACUAAUUGUUACCCCAACAUAGAAAGCACUUACUAUGCACUAAAAAUUCCCAAUAAAUACCUUCUUAAAAUAUGAUUUAUUAUGGUUUGAUCAUAUACCUUAACUUGCUUAUUCAGUAGUGACAGAAGGGUUGUUUUGUUUCAUCUAAUUUUUUUCAUUAAUUUAUUUAUUCAUCUAAUUUAUUUUGUGUGCUAUAAAUUUUUUAAAGCAGUUGAAUCAUUCUAUUUUGAGAGUACCACAAAAUAAAGCCAGGCUGACACCCACCACACACAUGCAUACACACACACACACACACACACACACACACACACACACACACACACACAACCAAACACUUCCUUAAACCUAGCACUUAAUGUCCUGGUAUAUCUGCACUUUAAAAAAAAAACUUGAAUCCAAUAUCUUAUGUUUUCUGAGCAAGGCUUUAUUUGAUUGUGACUCUUUUAUAUUACCAUAUUUUGUUAUUCUAGAAAAAAUAGGAAGCAUUUAGUGGAAAGGCUUUGAAAGAUAAUGUAGUUGGAUUGUCAUGCACCUUCCAGAAGAACGGCACUACAAUUAAAAACAUUGAGGAAUAGGUUUCUAAGGAAACAGGAGACUAGAACAAAGCAACCAUGAACUUGAAGAUUUCUCUGUGGCUCUUUAUAAAAUCUUGUCUUAUUUUCGGUAGGCUAAUAGAAUACACUACCACAGACUAGGUGGCUUGUAAACAACAGACAUUUGUUUUUUAUAAUGCUGUAAGCUAAAAAUCCCAGGAUCAAGGUUUCAGCAGAUUCAUAGUAAGGAAUCUACUUCCCUUCGUGGACAACUGUGGCCUGUUCUGUGGGAUACCAAUUCCAUUCUAAGGAAUUCUUCUUGUCUUAAUCAUAUCUUAAAUAUCCCACCUCUACACACCUUCACACUGGGGACAAGCUUUCAAUAUAGAGAUUUGAUUGUGGAGUGAAGGUGGGAAUACAACAGAGACACAGACACAGGACAGAUGUUUAGACAUUAACAUUGUCUUUCUCAAGUCAGUAUUACUUUAGUAUUGUAAAGAGACUUGAAUAGAUUAAUUCAUUCAUUCAGUAACUGCUUGAGAACGUACCAUGCUCAAAGUAGCAGGGUAUGACUGUAGAAAAGUAGAAAAUCUCAUAGCAACAAAGUAUCUCAAAGAGGUCAUGUCAUGAGCCCUAAAAGCGAAUAAAUAGGAUAAUAAAAGAGUAAAUGUAGCAGGAGCUAUGGAUGAGAUGGACGAGGUAAAUGUUCUAGAAGGUACCAUGCUCCUGUGGGCUGAAAGAGAACUAGACUUAAAGUUUAACUUCUGAUUUUGUCGAAGUUCCCAUGUGUCUCUGAAUACUAUGACAAGCUAACAAAGAGAUAAUGUGAAUGUAAUAAUUAAUAGUAUCUAUUAAUAAUAGUUAUAAAAUUAAAGUAUAGAAAAAUCCUAGCAUUAUGUGUUAUUUUCUGCCAGGCACCAAAUAAACAGUAGCUUCCCGUUAAUUGUUCUUAAAGUUAUUAUAUAAAUUUAAAUCUAAAUUCUGUAAUAGCCAUUUCCUGGUGACCUAUACAUCUUUGAAUCAAUUAAUUUAUCAAAUAUUUAUUGAGCACUUACCAUGUGCCAGUCUCAUGCACUUAUUGAUCUUAUUUGGUUAUGACUCAUAGUCAUAGAACAGUACUGAGCAGUACUGACAGUUGUCCACCCCAUUAAGAUGCACACAGUAUGUUAAAUGUUUCUUAGAACUGUGAAAUAAAUUGUUUUCUUUGAGACAGGGUUUUGCUAUGUAGUCCAUACUGGCCUCAGACUCACUGUGUAGCCCAGACUGGCUCCAGUCUCAAAGGAAUCUUAUUCUGCCUUAGCCUCCUUAAAUGAUGAGUCUGCAGGUAUGUGCCACCAUGUCCAACUGGGCAGUCAGUUCAACAUGCAAAAUGCAUUAAAACAUUAGUCAUAAACCUUAAAAUCUCAACCAUUUUCUGACAAAAGUCUAAAUGAUUAUUUAUAUGAUUACUAUAAGCUUUAAUUAAAAAUGUAUUCUUUGACAACUGUAUAUGUGUAUUUAACAUCUUUUAAUAAUAUUCAUCCCCUUUGCUCACUAAACAUAGAAAUCAUUUACUUAGAAAUAACGAAAACUAAAAAACAUAAGGUGAAAUCUCUGGCCACUAUAUUUUCUCUGACAGUCCCAUCUCUCCUGGAUUGCCUCUUGCUUAGAGAAACAAAGCAGAUUUCUGGUUUUGCAUUUUCUUGGAUUAUAAUCUGUCUAUGUGGCAAUGCCCAUGCCCAAGCUCACUAGAGCCUGAGACCUGGCUACCAGGCUUUGGAAAGACUCCAUUUGGAAAUUAUGAGGAACGUUAACAUCAUAGUUAGUGAUGAACUGCUGAAGGGAACACCUGUCAUCAUUGCCAUUUAACUGGGAUUGGGGAUUCAGUGUAAUAAAAUGCAACAUAAGUAGUAAAUGUUACAGUUCAGGAGGCAGUAUGUCACCAUUGGAAUUUUAUAAUAUUAUAUAUCUAAAAGGCUCACAAAAAUUAACCAAAAAACCAUUAAAAGCAACAAGAGUGUGAUCAAGUAGCUGCUUUAUGGUCGAUGUGAUGAGUUUCAUUUUAAUUGCCAUCAUACUACCUGCUCCUCCAGCCUUGCCCCUAGGUCCCAUGGUACCAUGGCCAGUCUGAUGAGAAUAAUGUGUGGAGCAGGACCAAUAAGAAACUCCAGUAGAACGAAUACAGCAUCCAGCUGUGGUCACUAGGCUUGGAUGUUACUGUACUGUCAAUGACCACCACACCCUGACAUUUUUUAGAUCCUGUUGUCAAUGGGGCUUCAUACAGCCCAGGAUCUGAUAUCUCCCUAACAAUUACAGAAUCCAGGUUAAUGUUAAUUGCUGACUAUUUUUUGUCAUGGGAGGAGGGGAUGACAAAAAUCUUAUGUAGCCUAGGCUGCCCUUGAAUACUGCUAAGGAUGAUGUUGAAUUUCUCAUCCUUCCUUCUUUUCUACCUCCCAAAUGCUGGGAUUACUAGUGUGUACCACAACACUUGGCAAAUGUUUAAUUUAUGUAGGGUGAUGUCAUUAUUUAAAGUUAUUUAUCUUUUUUUGAGACAUAUCUGCUCCUAACAGUUCCCCUUUAGUGGAUUUAACAAAGAAUUUGAACAUCUCCACCUGCUGGUGAGGUAAUAUUUUGUGGCAAGACAGCCACUAGGCAAAAAUUGCCUCUAUUCAUCUACAGACUAAAUACUGUCCAGAAAAGGACACAUUACAGAAUAAGUUGACUGGUAAUUUCUGCUAAUCCAGAGUGAUCAUCCCUUUGAAAUUCUGUGUUUCAAAAGUCUGUCAGAUGAUCUAGGCCGGAAGUUCUGAGGACUUGCUCUCAAGUGUUGCUAACAGGACUGUGCUAGUGGAAAUUUGUCUCUACAACCUGUCUUAGUUCUGGAAGCCAUGUUAUGCUUCCUAUAUUUAUAGAUAUUUGGUCAUUCUCAGAUUUCUGUCAGAGUUGAAGACUAAUUGGUCUCAUGGCUACCCAAGCUAAUUAACUUUGAGAAAACAUAGUCAUCUAGAUGAUUUUCUAAUGGUAAUAGUUGUGCACAAUUUACAUUUGAUGAAAAAAAUUUUUUUAAUUAAACAGAAAGGGUGAUGUAUAGGAUGAUGUUAUUAUGUAGCAAGGCGGGUCCAGGAUAAGGCAUAGCCUGUCAUUGGACGAGAAGGAAGAGUAGGUGGGGAAAAGUCUAGGAAGGAGGGAGGAGAAUUGAAAAAAAAAUCAAGAUGGAGACAACAGAGCAGGAUGAUCCAGAUCCAAGUGGACUGGGUUGAUUUUGUCUUGUCUAGGUGGGCAGUUUAAAUCUUUACUAAUUGGCAGUGAAUUUGUUGUACUGACGUAUUAUGGAUUGGGAAUUUAACAUGCAAAUCUAAUUGCUAAAUUACAAGUUUCUGGAACUUGGAUUUACUGGGCUAAAGAGGACUGUGUGUGAAAGAAAUGGCUGAGAGGCAGUUGGAGUGUGGACCUGGUUCUGUUGCCCAAGUGGAGUGAGAAUACAAGGGCCCACAACACAAAGACCAGCAGAACGAGGUGUGCGUGUGUGUGUGCGUGUGCGUGUGCGUGUGCGUGUGUGUGUGUGUGUGUGUGUGUGUGUGUGUGUGUAUGAGGCAUGGUAACUACUGCCUAGGGGACCUAGUGGAGAGGGUGGCUAAAAGGGAGACAGCCAGGAGAGGGUGGCUUGCUGAACGCAUGGUAGAGUAGCAGCUGAAGUGAGCAGAUCCAGCUCGUGGAAACUGAUAGAAAAUGUUCCUUUUUAAUCAUACCACAACAAAUUUGCUUACUUAUCUCUCUAUUUAUUACAUUCAUUUAUUUAGCAGUGUGUGUGUACAGGUGCCAUGCUGUGUGUAGAGUUCAGAGGACAACAUUGGGAGUUAGUCUCUCCUUCCAUAAGGGAUCAAAUUCAGGGCAGGAAUUGAAGUCAGGCUCAGUGGCAAGUGAAAUAUGCCUUGGAUCCCUAUUUUGGCAAAUAAGCCUUCUACUACAACAAAAGUGGAAAUAUAAAUCAAAAAGUUACAGUUUCUGUAUGACUGUAAGCUAGGAAAAAAUUAUACACAUUAAGGGCUUUCUACCAUUUAUAAAUGUCAUGAUUUUGGUGUCUUCUUUUCUGUUCCCGUGAAGUAAAUGUGUUGGCCUAUUUUCAUUUAGUUCUGUCUAAUCCUCUAUGUGAUGAUUCUCAUCACUGCAAAUCAAAUUCAUUUAUUUGCUUCAAAAUGUAAUUUAGAAAUACAAACUAAGUGUUCCCCUGCAGAGGAUGUAGUCUGCCUUAAACACCAAAUGCAUGUAAUAAAAGCUAUAAACCAUGCAAGGGACUAUAAUAGGCUUUCUCCAUAUUGCUUAAUAUAGGUUCUUUAAGUGAUUGAAAUACUGUAAAUUUGAUUAUAGCAAUUUUCCACAAAUUAUAAAUUUAUAUAAUUUUAAUGUAAAGAUAAUUUAAAAUAUUUUUAAUUUUUUUCAAUAAAUAUAUUUUGACGAUGUUUUUCUUCUACUCUAAUUCCUCCCAGAUCCUUCCCACUUCUCUACCCAUUCAACCUUAUGUUUAUUUUCUCUUUCUUUCAAACAAAUAAACAAAAAUCCAGGACCAUAGAAACAUACAAAAUUACCUCGCACAAAAACAGGAAUAAAAAUAAAUAAGCAAAAGACAAAUAAGACAAAAUCUGUCCCAACAGAACAAAAUGAAACCAAAAGUCUACAAAAAUACCAUUGAGUUCAUUUUGUGUUGGCCAACUACUCCUAGUCAUGAGGCUGCCCUCAGGCACUGUAAAUGCACCUCAGUUAGGGAUUGGAGCCCAUGUCUGCUUACCUCUCUCAGUACUUGGAUCUGAUCUAGUUUGAACCUGUGUCUGCCUUGGACAUGCUGUUACAGCCUCUGGAUUUAUAUGUCUAUUGGUCCUGUUGUGUCUGACAUACUGUUUCCAUGGAGUCAUCCAUUACUUAUGGGUCUUAAAAUCUUUCUGCCUCCUUUUCCACAUAUAUUCCUGAGCCUUGAAGACUUUGAUGAAGACAUCUCAUUUAGGACUAAGUGCCCCAAAGUUUCUUACUCUGCACAUUGUACAGUUCUAGGUCUCUGUGCUAAGUUUCCAUCUACUGUAAGAAGAAGCUUCUCUGAUGAGAGCUUAGGGCAUUGAUUUAUUAAUAUAGCAGUAUGUCAUCAAGAGUCAUUUUAUUGCUAUGUUCUUUUAGUAGAAUGAUAGUAUUCUAUUUCCCUUAGGUCAAUGACCUGUCUAGUUUUAGGUUCUUGGCCACAUUAGCAGCGUCAUAUAUGGGUUUCAUUUCAUGGAGUGAACCUUAAAUACAAUUUUAGACAGUGGUUGGUCACUUUCAUAACAUGUGUCACUUCUGCAUCAGUAUAUCUUGCAGGAAGAUCACUGUUAUAGUUCUCAGGGUUUGUAACUGGGAGAGAUUGAUGAUCAGCUUUCUCCUCUGGUAGUGUGCACAGUGUCUUCCAGUACCAUGAAAAGUAGUCAGUAGGAGUGAAACUUAUAGUUAGGUACCAGCUCAGCCUCAAUGACAUAUAUAAGUGUUGUCUUUAACAAUAGGGCCUUACCAUUAAAUUGUGUAGAGUAGCCAAUAGCUUUGGCAGUAGUCUAGGAUGCUUGGGGGUUUCCUUGGGGCUCUAUAUCAAUAUCUACAUCUAUAUCUAUAUAGCUGACUCUCUGUCUCUGUCUGUCUGUCUGUCUGUCUGUCUCUCUCUCCAUCCAUCCAUCUAUCAUCUAUUGUAUUCUAUCUAUAUAGUAUAUAUGUGUGCAGAGAAAGAUAUAAAUAGAGGUGUAUAUAUGUUGUUAUUUUAUUGUAUAUACAGUAUAUGUAUAUAUGUAUAUGUAUAUGUGUGUGGGUGUUCAGAUGCCAGAAGUUUAUGUUAGGUGUCUUCCUUCCCCAAUUGUUCCUCACAUUCUCCCUCCCUUCCCUCUUCCUUCCUUCCUUCCUUGCUCUUUUGUUUAUUUAUUUUUUGAGACAAGGUCUUUCCCUGAACCUGGAGUUCACCAAUUCAGCCAGACUGUUUACCCAGGUUUAAGUAGACACUUAAGACUGGAACUGAGCUCUCCAGGCUUGCACAUAGUAAGCAAUUUACUGAUGACACCAUAUCCCCAGACCCAGACUAUAUAUAUAUAUAUAUAUAUAUAUAUAUAUAUAUAUAUAUAUACACACAUACAUGUAUAAAGAAUGACUUUAAGAAAAUGACUUGUGCAUUUUGCGGGGUAGGCAAUGUCAAGUUUAUUGGGCUGACUACCAGAGAAUAAGUUCAGAAAAGAUUUAUUGUUUUGUGUUAAGUCUGAAAACACAACAAUUCAAAGUUCAAAAUUUCAAUGUUACAUUCUAAAGACAAAAUUCCUGGUCUCAAAAGACUGCCCUUGCUAUUGAUUUCUUCACCUAUUGGAUAAAUUUCCUUCACAUUAUGGAGACUUGUUUUCCUUGAUAUUAACUGAUUGCAAAUGUUAGUCACAUACUGGAGGAAACCCAGCAAUCUCAACUAACCUGGACCCCUGAGAUCUCUCAGACAAUGAGCCACCAACCAGGCAGCAUUAACUACCUGGUAUGAGGUCCCACCUCCAUCCCCCCUCCUCAGACACAUAUACAGCAGAGGACAGCUUGGUCUGGCUUCAGUGAAAGAGGAGGGGCCAAACCCUUGGGAAACUUGAGGUUCCUGGGAAUGGGGAGGCCUGGUGAGAAUUGGGGAUGGGGUGGGGACAUCCUCUUGGAGACAGGGGAGGAGGAGGAAUGGGAUGAGGAAUUGUCAGAGGGUGGAGCAGGAGGGGGAUAAUGACUGGAAUGUAAAAAACAAAAAAGUAAUAAAAAAGAACCCUCUAAAAUAAGUCCCAGCCUAGACUGUGACCAAACAAUUGAGAACCUUAGUCUAGCUAAACUGACAAAAUUUACCAUCAACAAUUAAUCUUAUAUACAUUGUUGUGAAUGUAGCAGUGGCCAAAUUAAAGUUCUUGGGAGCUAGAGUUUUUCUCUAACUUGGAUUCAGUAGUCUGUGGAACCCUACAGUAAUGACAAUGUUAAAUAAGUCCUGAACACUCUGAAGUGAAUGAACAGGAUACAAAACACAAAGCAUAAAUAAUAGUUCUUAUCAGUUGAUUUAUCAUUUUUUCAGUAAUGGUGUGAUAUUUUAUUCUUUGAAACUUGGGUUUUGUUUUGUUUUUUUUUUUUUGCACACAUUCUGUAUUGGCCAAUAUGGACUAAAAAGAGGAAACUAAUCAGUUAGUCACCAGAUUUCUGCAAUGCUAAAACUGUUACAGUACAGAAUGUUCCAAGACCUCACACAAAUCCACUGUUAUCUCAUGGGGUAUGUUUCUCUUAUGGCUUAUGUGUGCCUCCAGCCCAGGGAAACAUUGUCCCCUCUUUAAUCUUAUCCCCACCAUCUAGUUAGGGGUCUUUCAGGCAUGUUUACUCUUUAGCUUUCUUUUUGUCUUCACAUUACUCUCUUUGUAACUCACAUUUAAAAAAUUUCAUUUACUCAUCUCCUCCUGUAGCAAUAGAAUGCACUCUCCAUUGUCCUUUUUUUCUUUUUUUUUUCCCCCUCCUGAACCACCCACGCCUUCCCCCUUCCUGGUCCUGACAUUCCCCUACACUGGGGAGGGGAGGGUCCAGCCUCUGCAGGACCAAGGGCUUCUCUUCCCAUUGGUGCCCAACAAAGCCAUCCUCUGCUACAUAUGCAGAUGGAGCUAUGGGUCUAUCCAUGUGUACUCUUUGGGUAGUGGUUUGGUCCCUGAGACCUCUGUUUGGUUGGUAUUGUUGUUCUUAUGAGGUUACAAGCCCCUUCAGUUCCUUCAAUCCUUUCUCUAACUCCUCCAAUGGGGACCCCAUUCUCAGUUCAAUGUUUGCUGCUAGCAUUUGCCUUUGUAUUUGUCACACUCUGGAAGAGCCUCUCAGGAGACAGCUAGAUCAGGCUCCUGUCAACAUGCACUUAUGGCAUCAGCAGUAUUGGCUGGGUUUGGUGGCUGUGUGUAUAUGGGCUGGAUCCCCAGGUGGAGCAGGCUCUGACUGGCCAUUCCUUCAGUCUCUGCUCCAAACUUUGUCUCCAUAUCUCCUACUAUAAAUAUUUUUAUUCCCCCUGUUAAGAAGGACUGAAGCAUCCGCACUUGGUCAUCCUUCUUCUUGAGCUUCAUGUGGUCUGUGGAUUGUACCUUGGGUAAUUUGAGCUCUUGGGCUAAUAUCCACUUAUCAGUGAGUGCAUACCAUGUGUGGUUUUUUUGUGAUUGGGUUACCCACUCAGGAUAAUAUUUUCUAGUUCCAUCCAUUGGCCUAUGAAUUUCAUGAAGUCAUUGUUUUUGAUAGCUGAGUAGUACUUGAUUAUGAAGACAUAUCACAUUUUCUGUAUCAACUCCUCUGUUGAAGGGCAUCUGGGUUCUUUCCAGCUUCUGGCUAUUAUAAAUAAGGCUGCUAUGAACAUAAUGGAGCAUAUGUCCUUGUUAAUCUUGGAGUAUCAUUUGGGUAUAUGCCCAGGAGUGGUAUAGCUGGGUCCUAGGUAGUAUUAUGUCCAAUUUUCUGAGGAACUUCCAGACUGAUUUUCACAGUGGUUGUACCAGCUUGAAAUCCCACCAACAAUGGAGGAGUGUUCCUCUUUCUCCAUAUCCUCAACAGCGUCUGUUGUCACCUGAGUUUUUGAUUGUAGCCUUUCUGACAGGUGUGAGGUGGAAUCUCAGGGUUGUUUUGAUUUCAAUUUCCCUGAUGACUAAGGGUGUUGAACAUUUCUUUAGGUGCUUCUCAGCCAUUGGAUAUUCCUAGGUUGAGAAUUCUUCAUUUAGCUCUGUACCCCAUUUUUAAAAGGGUUAUUUGACUCUGUGGAGUCUAACUUCUUGAGUGCUUUGUAUAUAUUGGAUAUUAGCCUUUGACCAGAUGUAGGAUUGGUAAAGAUCUUUUCCCAAUCAGUUGGUUGGUGUUUUGUCCUAAUGACAGUGUCCUUUGCCUUAUGGAAGCUUUGCAAUUUUAUAAGGUCCCACUUGUCGAUUCUUGAUCCUAGAGCAUAAGCCACUGGUUCUGUUCAGGAAAUGCUCCCUUGUGCCCAUGUAUUCAAGGCUCUUUCUUCCCCAUUUCUCUUAGAUCAGUUUGAGUGUAUCUGGUUUUAUGUGGAGGUCCUUGAUCCUCUUAGACUUGAGCUUUGAACAGCUCAAUAAGAAUGGAUUGAUUUGCACUCUUCUACAUGCUGACCUCCAGUUGAACCAGCACCAUUUGUUGAAAAUGCUAUCUUUUUCCCACUGGAUGGUUUAAGCUCCUUUGUCAUAGAUAAAGAGACCAUAGGUGUGUGGGUUCAUUUCUGGGUCUUCAAUCCUAUUCCAUUGAUCUACCUGCCUGUCUCUGUAUCAAUGCCAUACAGUUUUUUAUCACUAUUGCUCUGUAAAACAGCUUGAGGUCAGGGAUGGUGAUUCCUCCAGAAGUUCUUUCAUUGUUGAGGAUAGUUUUUGCUAUCCUGGGUAUUUUGUUAUUCCAGAUGAAUUUGCAAAUUGCUCUUUCUACUCUAUGAAGAAUUGAAUUGGAAUUUUGAUGGAAUUAUACUGAAUCUGUAGAUUGCUUUUGGCAAGAUGGCCAUUUUUACAAUAUUGAUCCUGCCAAUCCAUGAGUAUGUGAGAUUAUUUCCAUCUUGAAUUCUUUUCUUCAGAGACUUGAAGUUCUUAUCAUACACAUUUUUCACUUGCUUGGUUAGAGUCACGCUGAGGUUUUUUACGUUACUUGUGAAUAUUGUGAAGGGUGUUGUUUCCCUAAUUUCUGUCUCAGCCUGUUUAUCCUUUUAAUAGAGGGAGGCUACUGAUUUGUUUGAGUUAAUUUCAUACCCAGCCACUUUGCUGAAGUUGUUUAUCAGGUUUAGGAGUUCUCUGGUGUAAUUUUUGGUGUCACUUCCAUAUACUAUCAUAUCAUCUGCAAAUAGUGAUAUUUUGACUUCUUCCUCUCCAAUUUGUAUCCAUUUGACCUCUUUAUGUUGUCUAAUUGCUCUGGCUAGGACUUCAAGUACUACAUUGAAUAUGUACAGAGAGAGUGGACAGCCUGUCUUGUUCCUGAUUUUAGUGUGAUUGCUUCAAGUUUCCCUCCACUUGUUUGACGUUGGCUAUUGGUAUGCUGUAUAUUGCUUUUAUUAUAUUUAUGCAUGGGCUUUGAAUUCCUGAUCUUUCCUAGACUUUUAACAUAGGGUGUUGAAUUUUGUCAAAUGCUUUCUAAUGAGAUCAUCCUGUGUUUUGUUUCUUUGAGUUUGUUUAUAUAGUGGAUUAUGUUGAUGGAUUUUCAUAUAUUGAACCAUCCCUGCAUCCCUGUGAUGAAGCUCUGUGAUCAUGAUGCAUGAUCGUUUUGAUGUGUUCUUAGAUUCAGUUUGUGAGAAUUUUAUUGAGUAUUUUUGCAUCAAUAUUCAUGAGGGAAAUUGAUCUGAAAUUCUCUUUCUUUGCUGGGAUUUUGAGUGAUUUAGUAUAAGCCUAAUUGUGGCUCCAUAAAAAGAAUUGGGUUGUUCCUUCUCUUUCUGUUUUGUGGAAUAGUUUGGACAGUAUUGGUAUUAGGUCUUCUAUGAAGAUCUGAUAGAGUUCUGCCCUAAACCCAUCUGGUUCUGUGAUUUCUUUGGUUGGAGACUUUUAAUAACUGCUUCUAUUCCUUUAGGAAUAGUGGGACUGUUUAGAUGGUUUAUCAGAUUCUGAUUUAACUUUGAUACCUGGUACCAGUCUAGAAAAUUGUACAUUUCAUCCAGAUUUCCCAAUUUUGUUCAAUAUAGGCUUUUGUAGUAGGAUCUGAUGAUUUUUUGAAUUUCUUCAGUUUCUGUUGUUAUGUCUCCCUUUUCAUUUCUGAUUUUGUUAAUUUGGAUACUCUCUUUGUGCCCUCUGGUUAGUCUAGCUAAGGGUUUAUUUAUCUCAUUGAUGUUCUCAAAGAACCAGCUCCUGUUUUUUGUUUGUUUGUUUAUUUGUUUUUGGUUUUUUGAUUCCUUGUAUUUACUUUUUGUUUCUAUGUGGGUGAUUUCAUCCCUGAGUUUGAUUAUUUCCUGUCUUCUACUCCUCUUGGGUGGCUUUGCUUCUUUUUGUUCUAGAGCUUUCCGGUGUGCUGUCAAGCUGCUAGUGUAUGCUUUCUCCAGUUUGUUUUUAGAGGUACUCAGAGCUAUGAGUUUUCCUCUUAGCACUGCUUUCAUUGUGUCCCACAAGUUUGAGUAUUGUACCUUCAUUUUCAUUAAAGACUAUAAAAAGUCUUUAAUUUCUUUCUCUACUUCUUCCUUUAUCAAGUUACCAUUGAGUAAAGUUGAGAAGUUCAACUUCUGUGUAUAUGUGGGCUUCUGUCAUUUUUUUGUUGUUGUUGUUGGGGUUUUUUUAUUUGUUUGUUUUUUGUUGUAGUGUUAUAGAAUAGCAGCCUUAGUCUAUGAUGAUCUAAAAGGAUGCAUGGGAUCAUUUCAAUCUUCUUGUAUCUGUUGAGGCUUGUUUUGUGACCAAUUAUAUAGUCAAAUUUGGAGAACAUACCAUGAGGUGCUACAUAGUAAGUAUAUUCUCUUGGUUUAGGAUGAAAUGUUCUAUAGAUAUCUGUUAAAUCCAUUUGGUUCAUAACUUGUUAGUUUCUCCAUGUCUCUGUUUAGUUUCUGUUUCCAUGCUCUGUCUAUUGAUGAGAGUGGGGUCUUGAAUUCUCCCACUAUAAUUGUGUAAGGUGCAAUAUGUGCUUUGGCCUUUAGUAAGGUUUCUUUCACGAAUAUAGGUGCCCUUGCAUUUGGAGCAUAAAUAUUCAGGAUUAAGAGUUCAUCUUGGUGUGUUUUUCAUUAGAUGAAUAUGAAGUGUCCUUCCUUAUCUUUUUUGAUAACUUUUGGGUGCAUGUCAAUUUUAUUCGAUAUUAGAAUGGCUACUCCAGCUUGCUUCUUUGGACCAUUUGCUUGGUAAAUUGUUCUCCAGCCUUUUACUCUGAGGCACUGUCUGUCUUUGUCACGGAGGCGUGUUUUCUGUAUGCAGAAAAAUUCUGAGUCCUUGGGGCUGGAGAGAUGGCUCAGUGGUUAAGAGCACUGACUGCUCUUCCAGAGGUCCUGAGUUCAAAUCCCAGCAACCACAUGGUGGCUCACAACCAUCUGUAAUGGAAUCUGAUGACCUCUUCUGGUGUGUCUGAAGACAGCUACAGUGUACUUAUAUAUAAUAAAUGAAUAAAUCUUUAAAAAAAACUCUGAGUCCUCUUUACAUAUCCUGUCUGUUAGUCUAUGUCUUUUUAUUGGGGAAUUGAGUCCAUUGAUGUUAAGUGAUCCUAAGGAAUAGCGAUUGCUAUUUCUUCUUAUUUUUGUUAGAGAUGGUAUUAUCUUUGUGAGGCUCUCUUCUUUUGGAUUUGUUGCAAGAUUAUUUUCUUGCCUUUUCUAGGGUGUAUUUUCCCUCCUGGUAUUUUAGUUUUCCAUCUAUUAUUCUUUGUAGGGCUUAAUUUGUGGAAAGAUAGUAUGUAAAUUUGGUUUUGUCAUGGGAUAUCUUGGUUUCUCCAUCUAUAAUAAUUGAGAGGUUUGCUAGCUAUAGUAGCCUGGGCCGGCAUUUGUGUUCUCCUAGUGUCUGUAUGACAUCUGCCCAGGAUCUUCUGGCUUUCACAGUCUCUGUCGCGAAGUCGGGUGUAAUUCUGAUAGGUCUGACUUUAUCUGUUACUUAACCUUUUUCCCUUACUGCUUCUAAUAUUCUUUCUUUUUUUGUUUACUUGGUGUUUUGAGUAUUAUAUGACAGAGGGAGUUUCUCUUUUGGUCCAGUCUAUUUGGAGUUCUAUAGACUUCUUGUAUAUUCAUGGGUAUCUCUUUCUUUAGGUUAGGGAAGUUUUCUUCUAUAAUUUUGUUGAAGAUAUUAACUGGCUGUUUAAGUUGGAAAUCCCCACUCUCUUCUAUACCUAUUAUCCUUAUGUUUGGUCUUUUCAUUUUGUCCUGGAUUUCCUGAGUGUUUUGGGUUAGGAAUUUUUUUGCCUUUUACAUUUUCUUUGAUUUGUUGUGUCAAUGUUUUCUGUGGUAUCUUCUGCCCCUGAGAUUCUCUCUUCUAUCUUGUAUUCUGUUGGUGAUGCUUGGGUCUGUUACUCCUAAUCUCUUUCCUAGGUUUUCUAUCUCCAGGGUUGUCUCCCUUUGUGAUUUCUUUAUUGUUUGUAUUUUCAUUUUUAGAUCCUGGAUGCUUUUGUUCAAUUCCUUCACCUGUUUGGUUGUGUUUUCCUGUAAUUCUUUAAGGGAUUUUUGUGUUACCUCUUUUUUUUUUUUUUUGGUUCUUUUUUUCGGAGCUGGGGACCGAACCCAGGGCCUUGCGCUUCCUAGGUAAGUGCUCUACCACUGAGCUAAAUCCCCAGCCCCUUUGUGUUACCUCUUUAAGGGAUUCUACUUGUUUACUCCUGUUGUCCUGUAUUUCUUUUCUUUUCUUUCUUUCUUUUUCUUUUUUUUUUUGUGCUUUUCGAUUGAAAGAAUUUUAUUGAAAAAAAAAUUGCAUCUCCUUCCCACACUCCCUCUGCCUUUUUAGAACCAUGUUUUGUCAGGAUACCACUCUCAGUGUGUCUUCCUUGUGGUUGUCUCAGCCUUGGUGCUAAGGCACAAGGUACUUGAAUGACUUGUAUUGAGAUGACCCAAAAUGAAUGGACUCAAGGUCCAAAGUUAAGGAGGUUUCAGACAUUAAGCAAUCCUCUAGCAAAACCUUCCCUUUAGCAAAUGCAUACAGUACUAUAUCUGAAACCAAAGACAUUACCGAGUGAUGAGUUUACCAGUCAGUUAUCUUUUGCUAUAACAAAUACCAGAGAAAAUCAACUUAGGAACAAACUCAUGUCUUCAGAGGUUUCUUCCCAUCGUGAUAGGGUAUUGUCCUGUAUUUCUUUAACAGUGUUAUUUAUGUCUUUCUUAAAGUCCUCCAUCAUUAUCAUGAGAUGUGAUUUUAAAUCUAAGUCUUGCUCUUUUCCAGUGUGUUUGGAUAUCCAGUAUUUGCUUUGGUGGGAGAACUGGGCUCUGAUGAUGCCAAGUAGUUUUGGUUUAUAUUGCUUAGUUUCCUGCAUGUGCCUCUUGCCAUCAGGUUAGGGUUACUGUUAGGUUGUCUCUGCUGUUAGCUUGUCUUGCUUUCUCUGACAGUGGCUUGACACUCCUGUAAGUCUGUGUGUCAGUAUUCCUUUAGACCUCUUUUCUCCCAAAGGGACUGGGUCAGCUCUGGGUGCAGACAGAAACCCGAAGGGUCCUGUUCCAGACUUCUCCUGGGUUUGUGUGUCUUGAGGGCUCCAGGCGGGAAGAGUUGGUCUUACCUCUGCUCUCAGGUGUGUCCAGUGGUGACUUGGAUCCUCUCCUUGACUGCUCCUAGGUUCCUGUGCCCAGAGGAUUCUAGGUGGGUUCCUCUUGGGCCAGUAAUAUGAGCAGAAGUAGUGGUCUCCCCUGAGCUCUUAGGAUUGUCCGUACUUCUGAGAGUGCAGCUCUCUCCCCUACGGGAUUUGGGUACGGAGUGCUGUGGGACUGGGUCAGCUCCAGGAGCCAGCAGAAAACAUGUCUUUUUUAAAAUGCCUAAAUUUGCUCAGUUAUGAUCCUAGCAUUGAUAAUCAUAAGCUGUUCUUCAUUUAUAUAUCUUAUUUUCAUGGAAAGCCCUCAUCAUAUUUUUCUUUUUAAAGGUUAUUCUUGUUUUCUUUUUAGAUCCUUAGAACUGUGAAUGGUAGUUUACUGUGUUUCUUUUUAAUUGCCAGAGUUUGACUUCCUUUCACUUGACAUUAUAUAGCUUCCAUGAUUGGGCAGGAAAUUAGAUUUUGUCCAGAAUAGCAAAAUACAACCGAAAUGACUCUCUUAUCUCUGAAGACUUCUUACUGCGGGAAGCCUAAACUAAAGUAGUGGCCUAGAGACUGACUUAUUAAUUCAUUAAACAGCCUGCUGAUAAGAAAUUAUGUUUAUACUUUGGAAGAGAAGGUAUUUUCUUUUUUAGGACUCAAUUGGAUUCCUGUUAAGAGGGAGAGCAGACAGAGCAUUGUUACUUGCCUACAUGUUGAGUAAGGCUCUUCACGAUUCACCAGAUUCAUGGGGUUAGUUAUUUGUCUACUUGUGUCACUAUAGCUGCUCUAUGGGUGAGUGUAUGGAUGAAUAUAUGGUCACUGAAGCUGUUUCUCAAAACAGUCCAUUGGCUCUCUCUUUGCUUUCUCUUGAAGAACAUUGAGGAAAUGAGACAACAUUUCAAGAUUUUUUUUUUUUUUUUUUUUGGCAAGCUCAGCUUUUCAAACUGUUUUUGCAGAUGUAUUCCAUCAGUUCUUAAGAAUGAAGCAAGGAAUGUUUUCUGGCUUCUAGGUUUGUACCACCCAGAAACAUAAAAAAAAAUCUGUUUUCUUAAAAUAUGGUAUUUGAUGGUUGGAGGUAUAGAAUCUUUUCAAUUUUUGCCAACUGUUAAGUUUAAAACUUUUAGGUAAUACAUUUUAAAAGUUUAAGUAGUAUUUAAAUAUUUCAAGCAAAGUAAUGCUAUUUCUCAGUGUGUAUAUUUAAUUCUAGAUUGUCAUUUGACUCUCAUUUUGUGUUGAUGUGAUUGUUGGUUUUUGGUUAAUAGUUUGCAUGGAAAGAAGAUAAAAGUGGUUUAUGGUUAAUUAUGGAAAAUUUUAAUACACUGUUCAUACCAUUUUACAAUUGUUCUUAGUCAGAGUCUCUCUAGAGCAUUGAUUCUUAAUAUUCAGUGGGACUUGUAGUUAAGUAAGUAUACACACCUAUACUUACUCCUUGUUCAGCAUCUCUGAUUCUUUGAAUCAGACAAGAAUGACGGGAGUGAAAAGAGCCAUGGACAUUUUCUUCAUUUGGCAAACAUUCUUACUGAGCUUCCUCCCCACUUGUAACAAGCAUGGACAUUGGCUGUCUCCUUAAAAACUGACAGUUUAUUUAAGAAAACAAAAAUGAAAAUAGUCCAGUAUCUUAACUGUUACAGAAAUGGGUCCUUUACCUGACUGCGCCCUUCUAAUGUCCUUGAAAGAGAGAAUCUCUGUUACACUGAGCUUUGAAAUUGGAUAACAAAUCAAGGACAUAAAUCUUCUUUGAAAUUAAAAAAAUAGAAUUUAAACCAACAUGACACCAUGCUUCUUUUCUGUUUCUCUAUCUUUAAAAAAAAUACUUAUAACUGUUUCAAUGUGCAUGUUCCUUGUGAGGCUAGAAGAUCCUCUGAAGCUGGAGUUACAGGCAGUUAUAAGCCACACAAUAUAGGUGCUGGGAAAUCCGGUCCUCUGGAGGAGCAGCAAGAAAGAGCUCUUCACCCCUGAACCACCUCUAUAUUUCCUGUGCUUCUUUUCUCUAAAAUUCUUGAUAGAAUUAAUGUGUGCUACGUAGCAGUGGUCCCUAAGUUGAGGACAGGAGGUUUACAGUCCAAAUUCCUGAAUAAUAAUUCCUGUGGACUUGUAGUGUUGACUGCAGUUAUUUUUACUACUGUGUACUUUGUGUGGAGGUAAAACUACAUAUAAUCUAAUGCUUAUAAAUCUGAACAAAAUACAAUUAAUAAAGGUACAGAUUAAAUACAAAUGUGACUGCAAAAAUCAUAACAAUUCAAAUGUAAUUCAAUAUUGUCAUUCAGUUCAGAUCAAUAUUAAUUUACCAGGGUGAGCACUUUAGUUGAUGAAUGCAGGGGUGUAGUUUGAUAGAAAGGUGCUUCUAGCAACCUCGUUUUGUGCCUCAUCUGAUUCUGCAUUGGGAUUUUGAUAAUAAUUAGCCAGCAAAAGCCAGUUUUCAUAGUAUGUGAUUCAAAACAACAUUGUACAUUUAAGUUUUUGAUAGGAAGUUGGGGUAAUAAGGCCUAUUCUAGCAGACUUCUACUGUCUUAGAGGAACAUGUAGAUGUGUCGCAUGAUAACUCUCUAAAACAUCAUCAUUUGAAGGUUAAUGUUAGAGUAUGUCUUACUACUGUUUCUAUUACUGCUACUAAACACCAUGGCUUUAUUUGGCUUACACUUUCAUAUUGCUAUACAUUAUUGAAGGAUACCAGGACAGGAACUCAAACGUGGUAGGAUCCUGGAGGCAGGAGCAUAUACCAAGCCUUAAGUUUAAUCUUCAGUGUGUAUGAACUAGGCAUGGUGGUCCAUGCCUGUGAUCCUAGCACUAAAGAGGUGGAGACAGCAGAUAAUAAGUUCAGGGUUAUCCUCAAGGCCCAUCAUGGCUACACAAGACCCUGUCUGAGAAAAAACAUUGCUACUUGGUUUGACCAAUCAGUAUCUUACAGCUACUUAUGAAUAUAUUUGUCCACUUUGAGCUUACUGUCCAAUACUCCAAUAUCCCAUUGUCUAAUGUCUGUUGUCACAAGUAUCAAGCUUUGUCCUUGAUAUUACACAAGGCUCUUCUUCCUUUAGGUGUUACAUUCAUAUUUUGUUUCUUUCUAAUGAAGAAAACAAUAACUUUUCUGAAAGUCUCUAGAAACAGACUCUGCUCAUCUCUUUAGUUGAGACUUAGGGUCACAUGGCCAUCAUUAUUUACCAGGGAGUUUUGGGAAAAUAAGUAUUUUUAGCUGAGUGCUUUCCAACUAAACAAAUUUGGAAUUCUUUUUAUAAGAAAGAAUGAAAAUGAGUCCUUGGUGAACAACCUGGUAGAUGUGUCACAGAUAUUAAGUUUAUGCUUAAAGAUCUUAAGACUAACUGAGAAUGAACAAUUCAAGAUGGUCGUGUGAUAAAUUUCUUUGGCACAAACAGAUGUUACCAAAGAUUAGAGGUAGGCAAACUACUUAAAGAUGGCAUUCACUAGAAAAUCUUCAGUUUAAAAGGUGGUUCUUGAACAGACCCUUAAAGAUGGACCAACUAUUUAACAGAAGCAUUUGUAUUAUUUUUAAAUGUAAAAUGAUAAGCUGGAGACAUAUUUUUGAAGCAGUAGAUUAGUUUAACAAGAACAAUGUGUUAGUAUGAUAGGGAAUGGAAAGAUCAGAUGGUAAGGGCUGGAAAGAUGGCACAGUGGGUAAAGCUUGCCAUGCAAGCAUGAGGAUCUAAGUUAGAAUCCCCAGCACUCAUGUAGAAAAGCCAGGCAUAGACCUACAUACUUAUGAUUCUAACACUGCAGAUGCACAGGUAAGCAGAUCCUAGGAUAGAGAAUACACAACUCUCAGUGCCCUCCACUGGCCUCUGCAUAACAUGCACAUUUGUGUAAACAAGGCAGGAUACAUGUGUACCCCCCACAAGAUUCCCAGAUGAAAAAAGUUGUGAUAACAUGUUGGGGUGGGGGCGUUGAAUAGAACCAUGGAGUUUGCAUCUGAAGUCUCUUAUAUCAGCAGAUCCAUUGGAGAGUUCUAGAAAGAGGGAUUAAGUAAGGCAAUAGAAUACAGAUACUGUGGUUUUAAAGUCUAAAAGAAUAAUUUUCAGAUUCAUUCAUCAUAAUUAAUACCCAAGUGAAAUUAAUACCCAUUAGUGAAAUUUGUGACAUUUUUUGACCAAAGCAGUUGUUCUCAGCCUUGAAAUACCUCACGUAGAAGCUUGAGACUACUUCACUGUCAGACUCCUGCAAAAUUUGGAUGUCAAUGUUACCAAGCAAUUCUUUAUUUCUUUUAUCAUUCUGACAAAUACUUUAAAUAUUAUCAGUCUCUUUUCUCAUAUUAAUAGCUAAAUAUAAUCUUAACUAAAAUCAUUUUUCUAAUUUUUCAUUGAAUAACUUAUAAAAUAAUGAUUGAAAACACUAGUGCCAUCUUGACUAAGUGUGCUCUUGUUAUCUCUUCUUUAAAGUCAUGUUUAUUGAAGAUGCCUGAACUUCAAAGCAUAAGUGUUAUUUUAAUGUUCUCUUUCUUUUCUCUUUCAUUCUUUUCCUCUUCCUCCUCCUUCUCUCUUUUUUAGACAUGGUCUUAUUUAUUAGUAGUCCAGACUCUAUGAAAUUGUGGUUUGCGUGCCUUGGCCUCCUGAGAGCUGGGAUUACAAGCAUAUGCCACCAUAUCUAACUUCAUUUUUCCUUUAAAAAUCAACCUUAAUGUAUUCUGUAGUAUAUAUAAAAUAAUUGAGGUAUCAUAGAGCAUUCUACAAUAUACUUAUGAAUUUUUAAAAUGACAAAUAUGUGUUCAAUUGCAAAUAACAUAAAGUACUUGAGGUUUGCCACAUUUUACUUUAAUAAUGGUAUCAAUUGCUUUUGAUGGUUUUAGUAAAGAGACAAUUUGAAACCAUGUAAAAUUUGCUUAAAAUUACUUCAUAAAUGAAUAACUGACCCUGACAUACAUUUCUUUAACAACUAAAGUAUCAGAGACUUUCCUUUAAAAAUAUCAAAUGUCUCUUCUUUCCAGAAUCUUCUCUUCAAUCACCAUAGAACCUUUCUGUCAAAGUUUCGCCAAUAGGAAUUUAACUUCAAGUAAGAACACAGAUUACAUGAACAUUUCCUGUGAUUACUCUGUGCUAGUUAAAAUGUUACUCAUUGUUGGGAGUUUCUGUUCAGUCCCAGGGACUUUUUCUUUGUGGUGUGUGUGUGUGUGUGUGUGUGUGUGUGUGUGUGUGUGUGUGUGUUUAGAGUCAGCCUCCUUUGUUCCAGGGUUACACCGCAGACAAAGGAACACAAGCUAGAGGCAACCUCACAGCAACACGUGGGUAGCAGGGUAGGUGAGUAUAGUAAGGCAGGUUAGUAUAUUUAAGGUUUGUAGUAUUUGCUAUGUGGAGAAACUGUUGAAAAGCACAUUUUCUCUUCUCUUGUUUCUUCCGUAAGGAAAGCACCAUCUCACUCCUGCUCUCAUAUAACAUCCCAGAUGGGAGGAUGAUUUAUGCUUAUUUCCUUUCUCCUAGUUGUACAAGUAUCUUUUUUUUUUUUCUUAAAGCAGAAGCAAGUCAGGACUAAGGAGACUUAGGAAGGACUUUUAAGGCAAAACUGGAUCUUCAAGUUAUGUGCUAAGCCAAGUUUCUGCAGUAGUGGUCAGAGGGGAUGGGCAGACUGAGCUCAGCUAGGAGUUGAGGGUGCUCUAGCCAGUCUGGCUUCUUCCCUCUUCUGAUAGCUAUUCCUCCCCUCCAUGGAAAGCAUUGCCCACACAUCUUGAAAGCUCCCACCUUUAACUUUCUCUAAAUAGUUCCUGAGCUUCCUUGUAAGUGUAAUCUUUGUUGUGGUUGUUUGUUGUUUGCUAUGGUUGUUUGUGGUUUAAAUGGUUUCUUUUCUGUUUGAAGUAUGUAGCAAUUUGGCUAUGCAACCCCUCACUCUCCCCCUGUGGCCUAGACAAUAAGCUAAUGCUAAAACCUACAAAAACGGGCAGAUGUGGCAGUGGCAGUGUGUGGAGUGGGAGGCAUCUUGGGACAGGUAGGAGGCUAGGUUCUCUCACUGUACUUUAGUGAAUUGGCGGUGAGACAUGUGAAACAUUCGAAAACCCAAAUGAGAAAGGUUACCAGUUCCUUCCUGGGUUGAAUUGGGGUGGUAGUCAGUGCAAAAGAAACACUAUAAUUAACUUCUUUCUUCAUUGGAGAAUUCUAAACUGGAAAGUGGGAAGGUUGCCUACAAUACCCAUAUUGGAACCCUAUAGGUGUAGGCAGGUUGGGGUUAAAACCUAAGGAUCUCAUUCCCCAAUCUCCCUAGGCUCAGGGUCAGUGUGUUCAACAGUCUAUAUUUAGAAACAGAGGAGUGAACGUGGGCCUGUCCCUGCCUGCACCCCAUCUCAGGCCUAGUAAUACAGGAUCCAAGCAUAGUCUCUCCAGAGCAGAAAUUGGGGACAUGCAAUGCUGGCUUCUCCAUGGGGUUUGAUCUCGGGGGCCAGGAAAGGAUCUAGUAGCUCUCUCAUUAAGAUUUCUGACUCAUACUCAUCCCAGACCCAUAAGAGGGUCCACUGGCACUCAGGACUUUACCUAAGGAAUAGCAGGAAAUGAUUCUAGACCAGUCCAGCACAGAGAUACAAAUCCCGAAUUCUGGCUUUUCUUUGUCCCUUCCAGGUGGAGGCUGAGUAGCCUCUUAACUUUCCUUGCCCCGUUUCUCUUCAGAUCUGACCAUCUCUCCCAUAUCUCGUCUUCAUCUUAGCUCCUGAGUGUGGGAAAAUGCAGAUCCUUUCUACUUCCAUACAUUAAAGAUAUGGGGAGAGUAGAGGGCAGGGAGGAGGAGGAGAAAUGUACCAGUUUCUGUUUACAUAGAAAUGUCUUCCCUCUGUAGUGGGGAAAUUGAUUCCCCUUCCACUCCAAUCUGCUCAUGAAGAAAAGACACUAGAUGAGUUAGACAGCCAGGCAGCCAGACCAUGUGCUUGCUUGAGUGUGUGCACGCACGCACACGCACACGCGCGCACACACACACACACACACACACACACACACACAGAGAGAGAGAGAGAGAGAGAGAGAGAGAGAGAGAGAGAGAGAGAGAGAACUGUACUAUAGUUAUUAUGCAUCUAACCAUAACCUCUCAUUUAAUUAUAGACUAUAUUAGCUGGUCUGUGGUCAGAAUACAGACCUGUGACCAUGAAAUAAUGUUUGUUAUUUUAAGUCCCUGAUUUCAGUGUGUUUCAUUAUAUAGGAUUACUGUGGCAAUAGCUGACCAAAAAUUAUCCUGAAAUACAUGCAUAUAUUCUUUAAGAUAAUACAUAUCACUAACUUAUCAGCUCUGCUAAGUUAAUUGAAAAAUAAUAGUACAUAACACUAGUUGAGAGUUUCUCUUGGCUGGUGGCAGCUGUUACUUGGCUUUGUUUGUUUGCCUUUUUAAAAAAUAAUUCCAUCCAUGAGGAUGAGUGCUCAUAGGGCGAAGUGGCUUAGAAUCUGUGGCUUACCUUCCCACUUGUGAAGUAGUCAGCACACAUUUACUGGGUGCUUAAUGUUUGCCAGGGGUUUGAACUGAGAAAUAGGGUCGGGGAGAGAAGUGACUGACUUCAUAGAUAGGAAAGGACAACCUUAGGGUCUGAUAGGAUGUGUCUCACUAAAAAGAUCACCCCAUUAUUAUAAUUGUAUUCUUUAUGUUCAGCCUGGUAGAACUAAGGAGACACAGCUUUAUAAAGCAAUGCAUGUAACAUUUGAGAAUGAGAUCCCACACAAUCUAGAUGGCAUCAAGAAUUUCCUCAGCAUUUAGAAUUCAACAUGCACUGAGUGUAACCAUUCAAUCCUCGUCUAACCUUGAGCGCUUCCCCCUUUUCUAAAAAUUUCCAGGCCUUAUCCUCUGGUGUUCCCUUUCAGUGCCCCAGGAAGUGACUCUAACUUGACAUGUAUUACAAGCACAGAGCCCCCACCUUGUCUGGUCUUUACUGGCCCCACCUUGAAGCAUUUUAUUGUGCUGAGCAUCCUCUUCUGUACCAUCGUCCACACUUCGCCCAAGAGCUGCAGUGUCUUCACCUCCUCAAAUUCCUGUUCUGUUUUCUGGAAACACUUUCAUCUGAAGCCUUGGUAGCCUAGAACCCAACUGAGGACUAAGAUUGAUACCACCUGGAGUGUCGAUGUAUAUAUGUGCGUUCUCUCAUUAAUAAUGCAAAACCAGACUGUUGGAAAAGAGCAUGAGUUGGAAUUAGUCCAUUAGUCUGACAGCCUCCAGUGAACUGAAUUUUAAUUUUAAAAUUGAAUUGCAUAGAAUUCUCAACAUUGAUUAUCUUGUUCAAUUAACCUUAAAUGGUGAGAAGUGAAAGCAUCUAAUAUAAGAAAGCACUAUUUUGUUCUUAGAUUAGAGAUGAUACUUGAUUUUACAUAACUAAGAAAAAGGCUUCUUUAGAAUUUGAUUGCUUCCCACCUCUUUUCUAAAAAUGUGAUUUACAAAAAUUACAGUAUCGGUCUGGAUUCAGCACUUCCCUGAAGCUGACAUUUCCACAACACAUUCCCUGUUAGCUAUUCAGAGUGAAAUUCAGGAGUUUGAGAACCGGCUCUUUUUGUGAGACCAGAAUUUAGACACUGACACAAUUUUAAACUGUGUAGAGCACGUUGUUUUACAACUCUCAGAAAUAGCUAAAGAACUGUUCUCUGCCUCUGGCAAGGCCAGGCCCACCAUCUCAUGUCACAUCAUGUGCCACUGAAAUUUUAAUUCUUGUCAGAAUUAAUUUUUUAAUAGGAGAAAGCUGAUUACAAUUUGACCAAAAGAACUUGAUUUAUCUCUCAUACCUACCAAAAUUUUAAUGUAUUCAUCUUUAAUUUAGGGACCAGUACCUAGUAAAUUGUCAGACUUGUAAUUUUGAAGAACUCGUUAUUUCUCAUAUGUAAUGAUCCUAGAGGUCUGGAAUUUUGCAUUUGGGAUUAUUUGAGUAUAUAAGCAAUAGUUAAGUAGGCAAAGAAUGGCAAGGCAGAUCCUGCAUGUGAGGUAUAUUUCAAGAGCCAUGUUUGCCUUUCAUGCCUUACAUGUUAAAUCUAAAGUGUGCAGCUCUGCUUCCCUUAAAAAGUAUUGGUAAAUUUGGAGCAGAGACUAAAGGAAUGGCCAUGCAGAGCCUGCCCCACAUUUGGUCCAUAUACAUACAGCCACCAAAACUAGAUAAGAUGGAUGAAGCUAAGAAGUGCAUGCUGACAGGAACGAGAUAUAGAUCUCUCCUGAGAGACUCAGCCAGAACAUGUCAAAUACAGAGGCGAAUGCCAACAGCAAACCACUGAACUGAGAGUGGGACCCCCAUUGGAGGAAUUAGAGAAAGGUCUGAAGGAGCUGAAGGGGCUUGCAACCCCAUAGGAACAACAAUGCCAACCAACCAGAGCUUCCAGGGACUAGACCACUGCCCAAAGACUAUACAUGGACAGACCCUGGGCUCCAACUUCAUAUGUAGCAGUGAAUAGCCUUGUUGGGGUACCAGUGGAAGGGGAAACCUUUGGUCCUGCCAAGGUUGGACCCCCAGUGUCGGGGAUUGUUGGAGGGGCGGUAAUUGUGGGUGGAUGGGGAGGGGAACACCCAUAUAGAAGGGGAAGGGGAGGGGUUAGGGGGCUGAUGGACAGGAAACAUGGUAAGGGAAUAACAUUUGAAAUGUAAAUAAGAAAUACCCAAUUUAAUAACAAUGGAAGAAAAAAGAAAUGAAAUCAGAUAUUUCUUUUUAAAAAGUAUUGGUAAGUAUACUCUCAUAUCAUCUGCAAAUGGGGAUAUUUUGACUUCUUCCAUUCCAGUUUGUAUCCCUUUGACCUCCUUUUGUUGUCUAAUUGCUCUGGUCAGGACUUCAAGUACUUAUUGAAUGAGUAGGGAGAGGGUGGGGAGCCUUGUCUAGUCUCUGAUUUUACUGGGAUUGCUUCAAGUUUCUCUCCAUUUAGUCCCAUGUUGUCUACUAGUUUGCUGUAUAUUGCUUUUAGUAUAUUUAGGUAUGGGCCUUGAAUUCCUGAUCUUUCCAAGACUUAAACCAUGAAGGGGUAUUGAAUUUUGUCAAAUGCUUUCUCAGCAUCUAAUGGGAUCAUCAUGUGGUUUUCUUUGAGUUUGUUUAUGCAUGAUAAUAUACUUACAUAACCCCAAAAAUUCCACCAGAGAACUCCUUCAGCUGAUAAACAAUCUCAGCAAAGUGGCUGGAUAUGAAAUUAACUCAAACAAAUCAGUAGCCUUCCUCUACUCAAAGGAUAAACUAAACAGGCUGAGAAAGAAAUUAGGGAAACUACCCUUCACAAUAGUCACAAAUAAUGUAAAAUACCUUGACUCUAACCAAGCAAGUGAAAAAAUAUGUAUGAUAAUAACUUUAAGUCUCUGAAGAAAGAAAUUGAAGAUCUCAGAAGAUGAAAAGAUCUCCCAUGCUCAUGGAUUGGCAAGAUUAAUAUAGUUAAAAUGACCAGCUUGCCAAAAGCAAUCUACAGAUUCAAUGCAAUCCCCAUCAAAAUUUCAACUCAAUUCUUCAUAGAGAUAGAAAGAUCAAUUUGCAAAUUCAUUUGGAAUAACAAAAAACCCAGGAUAGUGAAACUGUUCUCAACAAUAAAAGAACUUCUGGGGGAAUCACCAUCCCUAACCUCAAGCUGUAUUACAGAGCAGUCGUGAUAAAAACUAUGGCAUUGGUACAGAGACAGGCAAAUAGAUCAAUGGAAUAUAAUUGAAGACCCAGAAAUGAACCCACACACUCAUGGUCACUGGAUCUUUGACAAAGGAGCUAAAACCACCCAGUGGAAAAGAGUCAGCAUUUUCAUCAAAUGGUGCUGGUUCAACUGGAGGUCAGCAUGUAGAAUAAUGCAAUACAUUCUUAUUGCCCUGCACAAAGCUCAAGUCCAAGUGGGUCAAGGACCUCCACAUAAAACCAGAUACACUCAAACUACUAGAAGAGAAAGUGGGGGAAGAGUCUUGAACACAUGGCACAGGGGAAAAAUUCCUUAACAGAAUCCCAAUGGCUUAUGCUCUAAAAUCAACAAUAGACAAAUGGGAUCUUGUAAAAUUGCAAAGCUACUGUAAGGCAAAGAACACUGUCAUUACAACAAAACAGCAACCAACAGAUUGGGAAAAAAUCUUUACCAAUCCUACAUCCGAUUGAGGGCUAAUACCCAAUAUAGACAAAAAAAACCAAAACAAAACAAAAAACAAACCUCAGGAACUUAGACUCCAAAGAAUCAAAUAACCCUAUUAAAA